AUGGUUCCUUCUGGUGUCCUGGACUGUGGGUUUAAUCUGUGGGUUUCUCUGAACUGCGAUCGCCCUUUGCUGUGUGUGACCGUGACGUCAGGGGUGAUUGGUGUCAGGGCGUGUGUGAAGAGGGUUCUGGUCCUGGACCUCUCCCCCACAGACUUGGCCUCAGAUAAGCUGCCUGCUCUGGAGACCCCUGGCUCUGGGCAGUAA